AUGGACCGUUCUGGGCCGACUCAUGUGGUCCUAGUCCUGAGUCCUAGUCCUGUCAUCCUGUGCAGCUGCCCGUAGCCUUAUCUGCUUUCGUUCGACCAGGUGUCGUUCGCUUUGCCUUGCCCCGGCAAAGCAAUGGCGCUCCGUCUCUCUGCUCCGUUCCUCACCUCGCGCUUUACGCCGUCGCAAGCGUUGGCCCCGCGCAGGCGCACCCGGGCCCGCUCUUUCUCUCCGUCAGCCGAUGCGCGAGCCGCGUGCUUCAAGAGACCCUACACGUCCGUUCUAAUUAUCCCCACGGGCGUCGGCGCGGCCGUCGGGGGCUUCGCCGGCGACGCCCUUCCGGUUGCGCGAGCCGUCGCCGGCGUCGCUGACUGUGUCAUAUCCCACCCAAACGUGCUGAACGCUGCGAUGCUAUACUGGCCGAUGCCCAAUACACUUUACGUGGAAGGGUACGCCCUUGACAGGUUCGCAGAAGGAUCCUGGGCUCUCCAACCUGUUCACCAGAACAAGAUCAAGACAUGGUUUGAUCCCAGGUGUGGGAAGUCAACAGGGAGUGUUGGUAACUCUGAUUCUCUUCUGAGAGCAGUUGACGCACUAGUGAAACAUUCAGAUGUGAAUGCUGUGGCUGUAGUUGCACGCUUUCCAGAUGAUGACCCAGAAGAUUCAGAUUGUUACCGGGAAGGAAAGGGUGUUGAUCUAUUGGCAGGAGUUGAAGCAAUUAUCAGUCAUUUAGUUGUGAAAGAAUUCAAAAUCCCUUCUGCACAUGCUCCUGCAGUGUUACCCCCACCACUCAGCCCAUUAGUAUGCCCUAGAUCUGCUGCUGAAGAGAUUGGACAUACAUUUCUGCCUUGUGUGCUUGCUGGGUUAAGCAAUGCUCCACAAUAUGUCAUGAGGAGCGGAACCUUGGACCAUGGUUGCAUAGUGGCUGGUGAUGUUGACAGUGUUAUUCUUCCCAAGGACUCCUGUGGAGGAGAUGGUACACUUGCUUUUGCUCGAGCUGCAAGAAAGGACAAGCCCUUAAUCAUUACCGUGCAGGAAAAUGAGACAGUGCUUGAUGAUACUCCAGACAAGUUCGGCAUAGAAGUGCUGAAUGUCCGAAACUACUGGGAAGCAAUUGGAGUCAUCGCUGCUCACAAAGCAGGUGUCAAUCCACAUGCUCUUAGAAGACGAGGGAUUGAUCAUCUUAAGAGCCCUCAACGAUCAUAUUCUGCCUACUCUGCAAGUCCUAAACCAUCUGCCCGUCCUCCAGUGCACGAUAAAGUACAGAGACAGCAGCUAGUUAGGCAAAUUUAGUACUAAAAAGAGCACUAGCAGCAGUAGAAAUUACUUUAGAUAGUCGUGAUUAGGAACUUCCAAAAUUUUGAAGCCCAGAUACAUAUUUUUCAGACCGUCCUGAAGUGUAGGACCAUAGCAUCACACGAAUUUUGUCGUGUUAUCCAGUCUGGACUUCGCUGACAUGAGUCUUUCUCCACUGCCUUACAUUUCUCCAAUCUCUAGUCGGUUUGUCAAUCAUUUACAUCAUUAUUUUGCCAAGGUAUACACAGCGCUGGUAAUCAUUUUCGUCCGACAAUAUUUUAGUAAGUUGGGUAGAAGCAGUAGUACUGUUUUGUUUCCCACUGAACAUGAAAGUUUAUGCUGAAAUGCCAAGCUGUUAUGGCCUGGUUUAGGUGCCGUUCGUUUA